AUGGUGAGGGUAACCGAGUCUCUUCUCCCCGCCCCAGGCAAGCCCCUGAUGUGGACCCCCUUCAUGCAGCGGCCCCUCCAUAAGAGGAAGGGGGGGCAGGUCCGGUUCUCCAACGAGCAGACCAUCGAGCUGGAGAAGAAGUUCGAGACGCAGAAGUACCUGUCCCCCCCCGAGAGGAAGAGGCUGGCCAAGAUGCUGCAGCUCAGCGAGAGACAGGUUAAAACCUGGUUCCAGAAUCGAAGAGCGAAGUGGCGGAGACUAAAACAGGAAAAUCCCCAGGGAGUGAAGAGGGAGGUGGAGGAUGAAGGUUCCGCGGGGAGGAGUAAAGGAGACGAGACCUCCGACUCCUGCGGGAUCCAGAGCCCGGAGCAGAGACUCACUGCUCCGGCCUCAGAGCUGCAGGCGGCCCGCUGCGGGCGUUCCGUGUCCCCG